AUGGGCGCGUGCAUGAGUUCAAGCAAUGAGGAGGUGGAUCAAAAGAAAAAGAGCCAGGCUAUCGAUAAGAUCCUCGAGGAAGACUCAAAACGCUUACGGAAAGAAUGCAAAAUCUUGCUAUUAGGUUCUGGAGAAAGCGGCAAGUCGACGAUUGUCAAACAGAUGAAAAUCAUUCAUCUUAAGGGUUACUCAGAAGACGAGCUGUUCAAUUAUCGGCCAACCGUUUUCAAAAACCUCAUCGAAUGCGCCAAAGCCGUUAUUAUGGCUAUGCAACAAUUUGAUAUCGAGCCGCAAAACGAGGAAAACAAGGCGCAUGCCGAAUUCCUGCUGGAAUACCAAGCCGAGUCUGGCCCCCAAGCACAGAUUGAUGCAAAAGUCGGAGUCGCAGUACAAGCUUUGUGGAACGACCCUGCGAAAGAUUUGUUGAUGGAGCAUCAGACCGAGUUCUACCUGAUGGACUCAGCAGAAUAUUUUUUUCAAGAAGCAAUGCGAAUAGUAGCACCCGAUUAUCUUCCCAACGAAAUGGACGUGCUCCGGGCACGAACGAAGACAACGGGUAUAUAUGAAACGAGAUUCCAGAUGGGCCAAUUAAGCAUACACAUGUUCGACGUAGGUGGCCAGCGAAGCGAAAGGAAGAAGUGGAUACACUGCUUUGAGAACGUUACAUCCAUUAUAUUCUGCGUUGCUCUGAGUGAAUACGACCAAGUUCUACUUGAGGAGAGUAGUCAAAAUCGAAUGAUGGAGAGUUUAUUGCUCUUCGACUCGGUGGUCAACUCAAGGUGGUUCAUGCGUACUAGCAUCAUCUUGUUCCUCAACAAGGUUGAUAUCUUCAAGCAAAAGCUGAGCCGGUCGCCACUGGGCAACUAUUUCCCGGACUACUCUGGCGGUAACGAUGUCAACAAAGCAGCCAAGUAUUUACUCUGGCGAUUUAAUCAGGUCAACCGGGCACAUCUGAACUUGUAUCCCCACUUGACACAAGCAACAGACACUUCAAACAUCCGACUUGUUUUCGCAGCAGUAAAGGAGACUAUCUUGAAUAACGCGCUUAAGGACUCUGGCAUUCUUUGA